AUGGCAGUAUCCUUGUCUCUUCUUUGGGUCUCUUUGCUUUCUUUUUUCAUUCUAAACAAAAAACUGAGUCCGAAACAAAUCAUAGGAUUAGUGCUGGUCACUGUGGCCUUUCUUCUUCGCAUUAGACAGCUCCAGGGGGCCCCUAACCCCCAAGGGGUCCCUGUGGGGCCGCAGGGGGCCCUAGAACCUGGGGGGCCCCCCAAAGGGCCCCCGGGGGCCUUUGAAUUGGAAGCGCCCCCUAAGAGGCCCCCAGGGCCGCUGGACACCCAGGGGGCCCCCAAGGGGCCCCCUGGGGCCCCGGAAAAACUAGGGGCCUCCAGCGCGCCCGAGGCAAAGUCCUCACAGAACGGCCUGGGGGCUUCAGGGCCCCAGGGGGCCCCUGCGCCGCAAGAAGCCUUAGGGGCCCCGAGGGCCCCAGGGCCACAAGGGACCCAAGGGAUACAAAGAAACCCAGGUACCCCAGGGGCCCCUGGGGGCCCCGGGCUGUUGGGGGCCCUUGGGGCCCAAGGGGCCCAGGAGCUCUUUGGUGUUUGUCUUGUUACGGUGGCGCAGAUCCUUGGUGAUAAACACUGCUGCUUUGCUGCUGUGGACUUUUGUGUGGACUGUGCCGCGCUGGAGUCGACUGGUAGACGAUCCCAGGAAGCGAAGAGGCGGCUCCUUAGGGCUAAUAAACGACUACAGCAGCAGAAACAACAGCAGCAGCAAGAGCAGCAGCAGCAGCACGAGCAGCAGCCACCGCAUCAGCCGCUGCUACCGUCUUCAAAUAACAAUGAGCUUUCUACCAAUUUCAAAGAGCAGCAAAAUUAG